UUAACUUUUAGUUACUAUCGUGUACACUGUACAGUAAUAUAAUAUUAUUACCAAACAAGCAGUAAUUAUGAAUAUUUAAGUAACAACAAAUAAAAAUAUAUUUCUUAAAAGUUCUCAACAAAACUUAAAAUGGAUGCGACAUUCAAAGAAGAAAUACCACCAAAUCCAAGAUCAAAAGCUAAUGUUUUUGAAAUUAUUACAUAUAGGUGGAUUUUAAAAUUUAUCAAAAAAGCAUUAAACAAAGAAUUAGAUUUUAAUGAUUUAUAUAACGUUUUGGAUGGUGAUUCGUCUGAAUUAUUGGGAAAUAAAUUACAAAAAUUUUGGGAUGAUGAAUUAAUAUAUGCAAAAAAUAAUAAACGAAAGCCUUGUUUGGUUAAGACGCUAUUUAAAAUGUUUGGCUCAAAUUUUAUGCUUAGUUCAACUUAUUUAACUGUAUUUCAGAUUAUUUUAAGCAUAGGCAUAUCAACUAUGGUAGGACUAAUAGUCAAUCAUUUUGAAACUAACACAUAUUUUGAUCAAAAUCCAGUCGGAGUAUAUUUAGCAAUUGGACUAGUUUCACUUUUGUUAAUAAGGGCAAUUAUUUAUAACAUCGUCAGCAUGUCAAAUGCACAUUUAUCGAUGCAAAUGCGAGUGGCGACAUGUGAUCUCAUUUAUAAUAAGACUCUGCGGCUCAAAAUAAAUUCACUAGACCCGACUACAACUGGUCAUAUAAUAAAUUUAAUGUCGAACGACGUUAACCGAUUUGAUGUGUCUUUAAUGUAUUUACCUUUCUUAUGGAUUGGACCUUUGGAAACAUUUGUUACGAUUUAUUUUUUGUGGCAAGAAGUAGGCGUGUCAUCAGUAAUAGGAGUAAUGACAUUACUCAUCUUUAUACCAUUACAAAUUUGGUUGGCGUCAAUAACUUCUAAUAUUCGAUUAAAAAUAGCCGAAAAAACCGACAAGAGAGUUCAUUUAAUGAAUGAAAUAAUAUCGGGAUUACAAACAAUCAAGAUGUAUACUUGGGAACCAUUUUUUGAUAAUCUUACAAAACAACUAAGAAAGAACGAAAUGACCAAAAUCAUCGAAGCAUCGUACAUAAAACGUAUUUUAACGUCUUUUUUUUUAUUUAACACAAGAAUAGCAUUGUUUGUUAACAUAUUUGCAUACGUUUUACUUGGAAAUUACAUAACCGCAUCAAAAGUAUUUGUUAUAACGUCGUACUAUAACAUUUUGCGGUCGUCACUAACAUUACUUUUCCCACCAGGAGUAAAUCUAGCUUCUGAAUUACUAGUUUCAAUUCAACGAAUUGAGCAUUUCCUUUUACGCGAAGAAAAAGAUAAACAAUCAAAAACCAAAAAUGGGUUUGAAAAAUCAAAUAAUCAUAGUUCAGUUCUAAAUGAUAACGAUAUCAAUCGAAAUGAUACCGAACAAUUAAAUAAUUUUGGUAUAGUCAUUUCGAACGCUACUGCUAAGUGGUCAGACUCUCAAAUCGAAAAUACUUUAGACAAUAUUAAUUUAAUAAUAAGACCUGGUCGAUUGGCUGCAAUAAUAGGACCAGUAGGAGCUGGAAAAAGUUCAUUAAUACAAGCAAUUUUACAAGAGUUACCACUUUCUGAAGGAAAUAUCUCAGUGCAUGGAAUAGUGUCGUACGCGUCACAAGAACCAUGGUUAUUUGCAGGUUCUAUAAGACAAAAUAUUUUAUUUGGUUCAACAAUGGAUAAAGAACGAUAUAAAAGGGUUAUACAAGUAUGUGCAUUAAAAACUGAUUUAGAACAAUUGACGUACGGUGAUAAAACAAUAGUAGGGGAAAGAGGAGUUUCUCUAAGUGGUGGACAGAGAGCAAGAGUUAAUUUAGCAAGAGCAAUUUACAAACAAGCAGAUAUUUACUUAUUAGAUGAUCCUUUAUCAGCAGUCGACAUUCGUGUUGGAAAGCAUUUAUACGAAAAAUGCAUAAAAAAUUUCCUUAAAGAAAAGACUUGUUUACUCGUAACUCAUCAAACUCAAUAUUUAACUAAUGUUGAUCAAAUUGUUUUGAUGGAAAAUGCAAAGGUGGUGACAGAAGGUUCCUAUCAUAAACUUCAAACUUCUGGUUUAGAUUUCACUAAAUUGUUCAAACCGUCUACUGAAAUAGAAGUUUUGCCCGAUAAUGAGCAUAAAAUGGAUAAGUCUUACAACAAUAAUAUAGCACAUCCUACAUCAUAUAUUCGACAAGAGUCUAUCUUAAGUGUUUCAUCAUCGAUAGAUGAAAACAAAUUUAAUGAUACUAUCACCGAACCUGUUGAAAUAGCUGAAACUCGUUCUUCGGGAAAUACAUCAUUUAAUGUUUAUUUUUCAUACAUUUUGGCUGGUGGUCAUGUGUGCAAAGCUAUAUGUUUAAUAUUUGUUUGUUGUUUAACACAAGUCCUUGCAUCAGGUGGAGAUUAUUGGAUAACUUAUUGGGUAAAUUUAGAAGAGCAUAUUUUUAGUACAACCAAACCUUUGACGCCUAUCAGUAACGGUACUUCGACUACAGUUGAUCCUUCUGUAGAAUUGAUACCGUGGAUUGUAUCAAGAAAAACUUGUGUUAUUGUAUUUGCUGCAAUAACUUUCUCAAUCAUAUUAGCUACAUUAGCUGAAUCCAUUUUAUUAGUAUCUGUAUGCACUACAGCAUCAACGAGUUUGCACAACCAAAUGUUUAAUGCUAUCACAAGAUCAACAAUAAAUUUUUUAAAUACAAAUUCAUCAGGGAGAAUUCUCAAUCGUUUUUCAAAAGAUAUUGGACUUAUUGAUGAAAUAUUGCCUAAUAUUUUAGUUGACGUUAUACAAAUUGGUUUAAUGGUGAUUGGGAUGUACGUAGUUGUUGGAAUCGUCAAUCCUUAUUUAAUCAUACCAACAAUCAUUUUAGUGAUAGUUUUUUUCAAAAUGAGAAAUAUUUAUAUGACUUCAACUCGUAGCAUUAAACGUCUGGAAGGAGUCACCCGGAGUCCUAUAUAUACCCAUGUGAAUGCAUCUAUUCAAGGACUGACGACAAUAAGAUCAUUUAGAUUAGAGCAAAUUCUUUGCAAAGAGUUUGCCAUCCACCAAAAUUUACAUUCUUCAGCGUGGUAUUUAUUUAUUGCUUUAAAUAGAGCAUUUGGAUUUUGGCUGGAUUUGAUUUGCAUAUUAUUUAUAAGUACUGUAACAUUUUUCUUCAUCUUUAUUGACAAUGAUAACUAUGGUGGAAAUGUCGGGCUGGCAAUUACGCAAGCAAUUGGAUUAACUAGUUUGUUUCAAUGGGUAGUUAGACAAUCUGCGGAAUUGGAAAACCAAAUGACAUCAGUGGAAAGAGUUUUAGAAUACACAAAUAUACCACAAGAAUCACCUCUUGAAUCGGCUCCAGACAAGAAGCCAUCAAAAAUAUGGCCACGUGAAGGUCAAAUUACAUUCAAACAAUUUUAUCUACGUUAUGAUCCAGAUGCACCGUUUGUUUUGAAUGCUCUAAAUUUUAACAUAGCACCGGCAGAAAAAAUAGGAAUUGUCGGAAGAACUGGUGCGGGAAAAUCAUCUUUGAUUUCAGCAUUGUUUAGAUUAGCUUUUAACGAAGGUCAAAUCUUCAUCGAUGACAUAGAAAUUCACGAAUUGGGAUUACAUGACUUGCGAUCCAAAAUUUCCAUUAUACCUCAAGAACCAGUUUUGUUUUCAGGAACAAUGAGAAACAAUUUAGAUCCAUUUAAUGAAUACCCAGAUCAUGUUCUUUGGAAUGCUUUAGAAGAAGUAGAACUCAAAAACGUUGUAGAAGAUUUGUCUGAUGGCCUAAAUUCGAAAAUAUCAGAAGGUGGAUCUAAUUUCAGUGUUGGACAAAGACAAUUAGUAUGUUUGGCUAGAGCAAUUAUACGAAAUAAUAAAAUACUCGUGUUAGACGAAGCCACUGCAAAUGUUGAUGCACAAACCGACUCUUUAAUUCAAAACACUAUUAGAAAUAAAUUUCGUGAGUGUACAGUGUUAACGAUUGCUCAUCGGUUGAAUACAGUGAUGGAUUCUGACAAAAUACUUGUGAUGAACGCUGGCACGGUAGUCGAAUUUGAUCAUCCAUACAUUCUAUUGAAAAAUAAAGAUGGAUACUUCUACAAAAUGAUAGAACAAACUGGAAAAAACAAUGCUCAAUCAUUAAAGAAUUUAGCUUAUGAAAGUUACAGUAAAGGAGUGAUGCCAAAUGAACAAAAACGAUUGUCAAGUGUUAAUGAAGACGAAGAUUGAAUUAAAUUAUGAAUUUAUUACAGUUAUUUUCGUAUAACUUAAUAAAUAUUAGAUGAAUAUUGUAUAUUUAGAUGAAUUAAACAAUUAUAAAAAUAGUUUAAAAUUUUAUUUUUUAUUUUAUAAAUACCAAUUAAAAUUUCAUGAUUUUAUUAUUUUUCAUAAAUAUAUAAUUUAUAAAAUAAUAUCAACAUAACAUA